AUGUUGUGGAAGUUAGCAGACAACGUGAAGUACGAGGACGACUGUGAGGAGAGGCAUGAUGGCAGCAGUAAUGGAAACCCCCGCUUACCGCACCAUCCAGUGGUUAGCCAGCCUCUGUACAGUCCGCCACCUUCUUUGUCACACCCGACCGGCUCUGAUUUUCAACCACCGUACUUCCCUCCUCCAUACCAACCUCUUCCCUACACCCAGUCGAGUGACCCCUACUCUCACCUCAGCGACCCAUUUAACAUCAACUCUAUCCACCAGUCACCGACAUCUAAUCAGCAGCAGCCAUGGCACAGCCGUCACAACCAAGACGGCAUUGGGCCACACGGCCGCAGCGGACUUGCCUCUCAGAUUCUGGGCUUGGAGGGUGGAUCGUCUAGCUUGAGGAGGGAUAGCUUUAGACGGCAGGAUUUGCUGCCUUCACAUAUCCAUGGACUUGAGUCAGCAAUGGGCGAAAACCUGGGAAUGCAUGAAAUGGGGCAAGGACUAGACGAUGUCCAACAUGUGGAUGAUCCAAGUAUUGGAAUAGCAGAUCAGACAGUCAUCAAAAAAGGUCUUGGAGACAGAGGAGGCUUAAACAUUGAUUGUCUCUUUAUCUCUCGUCCAGUGACUCUUCCUAAGGGAAACCUGUUGGGUGUUCCUUUCCAGAAGGAGUCGCUGCUGGGUAUGGUGUCUAAUCCCACAGAAGUCUUCUGUUCGGUCCCUGGGCGCCUCUCUUUGCUUAGCUCUACUUCCAAAUACAAAGUGACUGUAGCCGAGGUCCAGAGACGCCUGUCGCCUCCGGAGUGUCUCAAUGCCUCCCUGCUUGGAGGGGUACUACGCAGGGCUAAGUCAAAGAACGGAGGAAGAUCGCUCAGAGAAAAGCUGGACAAGAUUGGACUUAACUUGCCGGCAGGUCGCAGAAAGGCAGCUAAUGUGACUUUGCUAACAGCUCUAGUAGAAGGUGAGGCUGUACACCUGGCCCGGGACUUUGGUUAUGUCUGUGAGACAGAGUUUCCUGCAAAGGCUGUUGCCGAAUAUCUAGGACGUCCACAUGUCGAACGCAACGAGAUCAACUCGCGCAAGAACAUGCUCCUAGCUGCCAAGCAAAUCUGCAAGGAGUUCACAGACCUCUUAACUCAGGACCGUUCUCCACUUGGCAACACACGACCGGUACCCAUCCUAGAGCCGGGCAUCCAGAACUGCUUGACCCACUUCAGCCUCAUCACACAUGGUUUUGGCUCGCCGGCCAUCUGCGCCGCCAUGACCUCGCUGCAGAACUACCUCAACGAGGCUCUCAAGCAGGUGGACAAAAUGUACCUGAACGCAGGUGGAGACUCCUCACAGGGUUCCUCAGAGGGAGGCAGCAAAACUAUGGACAAAAUGGACAAGCACAGGAAGUGA